AUGUUAACGGAAUAAAUAUUUGACAAGAAUUAUUAUUCUUUUAAAGACUAAAAAGACUAAAAUAAUGUAGACCGCAAUCUGAACCUUGCAAAGCAGACUUCAAUAAGAGUAGAAAACCCAAUUUAUGAAUUAUAUUUCCCUGGGUCAUAAAAUUAUCCCUUAGUAUAGAAACCUACAAUAUCAUCAAUGGAAACUAUGGAUAGUCAAGAUGUCAGUCCUGUAGAAUUGAUAAAAAUUACUCCUCAAGUUCAAAGAAAACGCUAUAAAAGCUUGAUUUAGCAUGACUUCUAAUAAUUUCUAGAUAAUUUAAAAAGCGUUGAGAGCAGAACCCACUAGAAGCCAUAUGAAAGUUAAGAAAUAUCUAAUAAAUGUUUGACUGUUAAAACAGAAAGCUCAAAAAGUUAUAUAAUCAUUAAUAAAUUAAAAAAGAAUCCAAUUAUAGAAUAAGACGAUGAAGAAGAAGAAUAUUCAAUUUGGGAUAACUCGCCGCUAGAGGAUUAAGGAUAUGAUUGUUAGGCUUUUUUGAAUAAAGAAGGCAAGGAGUUGACUUUCUAUUAACUAUAUAGAUUGAGGUAAUGCUAAUUGUUUGCAAAUAUUUCGUAGUAAAUAACUAUGGAUUAUGUAUAUGUGAUCGCGAACCAUUACAAUCACCCAAUUUAAAGACAGGAGCUAUCUAAAUAAUAAUAAUACUUAGAUGAUAACUAUAAAUCAUAUUUUUAAGCUAUUAUUCCUGUCAGUCAUACUAAAAGCCCAAACAAACAUAAUAGUAAUUAAUUUAAUCAAUUAGAUAACUACAAGAAACAGCAUUAGCUUAAUUCUAUAUAAAAUAAUUAAUCAAUUGAAUAGAUUAAAAAAUAAAUUAGAUAAUAAACCCCAUAACAAACUUCAUACUCUUCUUUUCAAGCGAAAACAAUUCCUUUACUCACCUAUUAUACACCUAAAUAAAUUUAACAUCCAGUUUCAGGAAUGUAAUAAACUCCUUUAAAAACUCAAUAAACUAUUACAAAUUCAAAAUUUAUUGCUUCCUAAGCUUAAUACACUCCUAAAAAUACUUUAGAUAAGAAAAAAUAAUUUUUGUUGAAGGAUUAGUAAUCAUAACAAUCAAAAUCUAAUAAUUCUAUCAGCAGUAUUUUAAAUUAAAGUUAAUAAAGCAAUUCGAGCAAAUAAUAGUUUUCUUCAUUAUCAGCGAUCAACAAAGAAAAUAUUAAUCAUCAGUCUAAUUAGUCUAAAUCUUCUCUUAGAGUAUUUAAUACAAAUUUAAGUAAUGAUUUUAGUUUUUCUAGGCUUCCUCCAACUGAAAGAAAUACUCCAAAUAAAAAAGUGAAGGCUGCUUUAAGUUAAAGCUAAUAAAAUUAUUUAAAUAAAUUAAUACUUUCAUCUAAAUCAUAAAGUAAAUAAAAUAAAAGCUAUUUCAGAAAUUCGUUAAGAAUGUUAAAUAAAAAACCUUUAAGUUCUAAAAAUUCUUCCACAGAAAGAAAUACUCCAAGAGAUUUAAUCGAAGGAGCUAUUAAGUAAAUAAAAUAGUAAAAUAUUUUACGUUCUUCUAAAUCUUUUAACAAUAUCAAAAAUAGUCAGUAAAACUCAUUUAGAGAUAAAAAAAUAUCAAAUAUUAACUAAAAUAACACUAAUCUGUUUAUUUCUUCUCAUUCAUUAACAGAUAAGGAAACACCUAGAAAAAUAAUAAAAGUUGCCUAAAUAAAUUUAUUUAACAAAUCUGAAAACUAGCCUUAAUAACAACAAUUAAAUUCAUAAAACAUGCUUUAAAUUCAAAACAUAUUGAAAUAAUAAAAAGAAUAACAAUCAAAGAUAGAUAAAAAUAUAUAAAAGAUUAAUUAAAACAAUCCUGAAUAAAACGAAGUUAAAUCCUAACAACUUUCAAAGAAAAUUUCUAAUUUAGUUAUUUUCAAGAAAGAAAAGAAAAUGUCUCUUCUUAUAACCAUUAUUUGCAUCAUUCUAUUAUUGCUAACAUGCAUUGCUUUUAAAAUAGUUGUCUAUCCUUAGAUUCAAAUAUUUUAUUUUAAGAAUAAAUAUGGUAAGGAUGUUGAAGUUCUCUACCAUUUUGGAUCUGGACUCUUGUAGGAAUUUAAAUAGAGUUUAGAAAAAGAAGGAGAUAGUUUUGGAAGAAUUCGCAAAAUAAUGUAAAUAAAUCCAGACGCCUAGGCUAUCAUUCAUAAUAACGCUUCAGGCAAGAUGGCAUAUUCUUUUAUAGACCCAGAUCUUAUUAAAUAAGUGCAUUAACAACCAGAAUAUUUUGAAAAAUAAAUUGCUCACCCUGCAAUAAUAUCAUUGUUUUCAAAAUCGAUUCUUUAUUUAUCGGGUAAAAAAUGGUAAAAGCAAAGGUAAUUCUUUGGAAAAUCCUUCCAUUUUGAUGAGAUUAGAAACUAUUUGCCUGUAAUAAAAUAAACAUCAUAAGAUGUUUUCAGUUCAAUUAAACAAAGUCUAAAUAAUUCACUUUAACAAGAAGUUUAAGUUGUUAAAACUUGUGAAAAAGUGACUUCUGAGGUUGUUGUUAAGGUCUUCUUUGGCUCAACAUCUCAAAAUAUAAUAGUUACAAGAUCUGAUGGAACUAAAUUACCUGUAGCACAAGAACUAAUAGAAAUUAUGGUUGACUCCUUUAGGGUAUUCAGAAAUAGUAAAUUUGCUUUUGUAAAGUUUCUACUUUUAAGACAAAGAAGUUUUUAAAUUCUACCAACUUAGUCUGAAAAGGAUUUAGCUUAAAGAAUUCAUAAUGCGAGAGAAGAGUGUAACUAAAUAAUUUAAGAUAGAAAGUAAUAGCUGUUGAAUGAUCCAACAUAAUUUAAGAGUAACUUUUUAGAUAUGUAUUUGAAAGAGAUCAUCAUCAAUAAAAAUGAAGAUAUUAAAGAAGAGUAUAUUAUUGAUAAUUUCUUAGCUUUGCUUUUCGCUGGGACUGAUACCACUGGAAAUAUGACAGGUGCAGCUUUUUAUUACUUAUCAUUGAAUACAGAUAUUUAAAGUAGAGCUAGAGAAGAAAUAAUUUCUAUUCUUAAUCGUAAAGGUUAGUAAAAUAAUACUGAAGAACUUUACAACUCAAUGACUUUUGAAGAUAUUGCAAAUUUAAAUCUGAUCAACUCAAUAUUGAAAGAAUCUCUGAGGUUAAUACCUCCAGCUGCAGCAGUUUUUCCAAGAAGAGUGAUAAAAGAUAUCAAAAUAGGAAACUUUCAACUUAAAAAAGGGGAUGCUAUUAACACUUAAUUUAUUUGCAACCACUAUAAUCCUUAGAUUUACAAAAAUCCAGAUAUUUUUGAUCCAAACAGAUGGAUGGAAUAAAAAGAAUAAAACUUAUUCAAUUUCACUCCUUUCUCACUAGGUCCUAGAAAUUGUAUUGGCUAGCAUUUAGCAAUGAUUGAAGGAAAAUGCAUGAUAGCAUAUGUCCUGCUAAAUUUUGAAAUAAUUCCAAAUCAUGAAGUAUAAGUAAAAAAAGAAAUCAAGUUAACAUAUGGCUUGCUGCCAGAUAAUCUUGUUUAUUUUAAAAAGAGAUAAUAAAUAUGA